AGAAGAGAGGGGCGGGGAGAGACCAGAGGAGGAGCCAGAGGUCUAACACAGUCCACAGGCAGUCAUGGACUCCUUAUGCAGCAGCUGGCUCCCCACCCAGACACUGAUUCUCCAAAUCAGCCUCAUUUCUGGCUUAACUAGUGCUUCACCAGAUUCUCAAGCUGUCAAAUACCCCAGCUCUUCCUGUACCUUGAAAAGGACUGUGGGGGCAUCUGUACAGCUGCCACUGACCUCCCCUUUGAAUUCUAGCAUCCGAGAGAUUGAGUGGAAUUGGCAACCUGAGAAUGAUGAGAACACACAGCUAGUGACCUGGAAGCCUCAGACCCCUACUCCUGACUGGUAUGAUCUUGAAGAAAUAUACAAACACAGACUCAACUUAACAGAGAAGGCUUUCUUGAGCAUCAGGAAUCUCAUCAUGGAAAUGAGUGGACUAUAUACAGCAAAAAUCAAAUUCAACUCAGGAAAAUCGAAGGAGGAAAGAUUUAGACUCUGUUUAUAUGAUCCCAUCCCACACCCCCAGAUCCAGAUUCGUUCAUCAUCUAACACAUCAGGCUGGUGCAACAUCAGUCUAGAGUGUGAGAUCCCAGGAAACACAGGGAACCUGACAGUCACCUGGCUAAGCCAGGGCCUCCCCAGGCACCUGGAGCAGAGAGGGAUACCCCCCAACUCCAGGAACCUAAGCCUGAGCCUGCCUAUCAGCCACAUCAACAGCCACCUCACCUGUGUGGUCAGCAACCCUGCAGAAGAGAAGAAUGCAACCCUACACCUGGAGGACAUCUGUCCCUGGAGGGGCCUGACUGAAGCAGAUCUGACACCAGCCUUUGACUCCAGGUUCUCUGCAGAGCAAAUGGCUUUGGCUUUACAUCCUACUCAUGGUUCUGAUGGUGAGCCUAGGGGCUGGAGUGUGGAUCUGGAUGAGAAAGAAGAUGCAUACCAGGAGAGGCAGGUGGGUCCACUCUCCUGCCAACGGAUCCCCAAGCCCUUCUGACAGAGGAAUCUACCAACCUUCAGACUGUUGUGUCCAACAGCCUAGACCCUCCCUAUGAAGAGAUCAGCGUCCUGAGACACCAUAAGGAAGACUUGGAGAAGAGCAACUGCCACUCACACAACCCUGAGUGUACUUUGGCCGUCCACACUAUCUACGAGAAGAUCCGAACAAGUCCAAAACCCCAGGAUGAUGCUUCAGUUCAGUUCAGUCACUCAGUCGUGUCUGACUCUUUGCAACCCCAUGAAACACAGCACACCAGGCCUCCCUGUCCAUCACAAACUCCUGGAGUUUACUCAAACUCAUGUCCAUCAAGUCGGUGAUGCCAUCCAGCCAUCUCAUCCUCUGCCAUCCCCUUCUCCUCCUGCCCCCAGUCCCUCCCAGCAUCAGGGUCUUUUCCAAUGAGUCAACUCUUCACAUGAGGUGACCAAAGUAUUGGAGUUUCAGCCUCAGCAUCAGUCCUUCCAAGGAACACCCAUGACUGAUCUCCUUUAGGAUGGACUGGUUGGAUCUCUUUGCAGUCCAAGGGACUCUCAAGAGUCUUCUCCAACACCACAAUUCAAAAGCAUCAAUUCUUCAGUGCUCAGCUUUCUUUGUAGUCCAACUCUCACAACUCUGGAAAAACCAUAGCCUUGACCAGAUGGACCUUUGUUGGCAAAGUAAUGUCUCUGCUUUUUAACAUGCUGUCUAGGCUGGUCAUAACUUUCCUUCCAAGGAGUAAGUGUCUUUUAAUUUCAUGGCUGCAAUCACCAUCUGCAGUGAUUUUAGAGCCCAAAAGAAUAAAGUCUGACAUUGUUUCCACUGUUUCCCCAUCUAUUUCCCAUGAAGUGAUGGGACCAGAUGCCAUGAUCUUAGUUUUCUGAAUGUUGAGCUUUAAGCCAACUGUUUCACUCCUCUUUCACUUUCAUCAAGAGGCUUUUUAGUUCCUCUUCACUUUCUGCCAUAAGGGUGGUGGUGUCAUCUGCAUAUCUGAGGUUAUUGAUAUUUCUCCCGGCAAUCUUGAUUCCAGCUUGUGCUUCUUCCAGCCCAGCAUUUCUCAUGAUAUACUCUGCAUAUAAGUUAAAUAAGCAGGGUGAUGCUUAGACCAUGAUAAAACCGGGGCAUGACAAGGACCUUGGCAAGAUCUGCCCCAUCCCUUUACCCCUUUACCCUUAGGCCCCCAAAGAUCCCUUCUUAAGGUGGAGCUGGGACUAGAGCCUAGGUCUUCCUGACCAAUCUCACUGAGCUGCUCCCCCAAGUUCUCACCAAAAUUUUCUUCCAUCACAGGUGGUAGGUGGUGACUCUGCCAGUUAAAUAACCAAAUAUGAGAGGGAAAGCCUUCAGCCUUCAGCCACACUUUGGACCUGUGAACCUCUUAACCCUAUUAGGGUAUACUCAUGGUCAGGCAGGACCUGCACAGGGGUAGUGGGGGGAAAGAGAUUAUUUCUCUGAACAGGGAGGAACCUGGGGCCCCUGAGAAGGAUGAGCCUUGAGGGGAGGACCUUCAGGGUUUCACAGUCAGCUCACCACUAUGAAUAGUGAAAAGAAUGGCCUUUGUCUAUUAUAAAAAAAGAGGCCUGUAGAUACAAGAUUCAAGGUCAGCUGUAUAGUAGAGGGGAGUGGUGGAAAGAGAAGUAAACAGUUUUUCUUUUUUUUGGCUCUGUCAUAUACUAGAAUUAAUUAUAGACACAGGAAAUGUACUAUCUGGUUUCUCAAAGUUCAAGUAAUUCAUGCUCUCUUAUACUUUCAUUAAAUUAUACAUGCUUGCACAAAAGUCAAAAGGCAUAUCUUAUUGAAAUAAUAAUUCUUCAUCAUUUUGUUGUUAUUAAAAAUAGUGUCUUGUUCCCCCUGUGUAUUCUAAUUUUAUUAACAUAAUACAUAUGAGUCAUAUAUUAAGCCAUGUUACUCAAUUUCUCUACUGUUUGUAACAGGUUUUCAUUUGAUCCCUUUGAAUUUAGGAAUAAAUAAAAAUGUUAACAAGGGAUUAUAAAUUUUGCUUCCUUCUUUCCAAUGUUUAUUCUUCAUUUCCUUUUCUUAUCUAAUUGAAUUGGCUAAUACUUCCAAAACCAUGUUAAAUAAUCAUGACGACAAAGAAUAUCCUUAUAUUGUUCCUAACUCUAAUAUAAAUGCUUCUAGUGUUUCUCCGUUAAGCAUGAUGUUGUGUUUUGGGUAAGGCAUAUCUGCUGUAUCAUGUUAAGGAAGUAUGUAUUUAUUCUUAUUUUAUCUCACAUAUUUUAUCAAGAAUUUUACCAAAAAUAAAGUAUUAAAUUUUAUUGUUCCCCAUUUAUCACUUGUGAAGAUAGCAUAUGGUUUUCUUUUUUAUCCAUUAAUAAUAAAUUAAUAGAUGUCUUAGGAUUGAACUAUUUUAUUAUUAGGAUAAAUCUCAGUUAAUGUGUAUUAUUUUUUAAUGUGAUAGUGUUUGACAAUAUCUUUAGGAUUUGCAUCCUUAUUUAUAAAUGAACUUCUCUUGUACUUUCUUUGAUGCUUUACUUGGCCAGUUUAUUAUUUGUGUCAUGCUUAUUAAAGAUCCCUUUAUCCUCA